AUCCUCUGUCGUGGUGGAGACAACAUAAAUGUAUGAUGAUGGCAUGCUAGUGAGAGAAACGCUGCGAGUUUGUGGGCUUUUUGAAGUCCACAUAACUAGAAUUUGUUUUUUACUUGGUGAAUGAAACUACCGCGCGAACUUUGAAAAGGAGUGAAUUUUACACGCUCUUGUGUUAUACGCUCCAAAAGUCUACAGAUUAACUUUAAAUCAGUUUAUUCUGAUCAAAGUCGGAACACCUUAGAGGAUAUAGCAGGAGAGUUCAAAAGCCAAGAAGAAAUCAUAUUGCUGUUGAGUACUGGCACUCUUCUGUAGUGCCAUAUAUAUAUGGCACUAUAGUUCUAAAAGCUAAAGGCUUAAUACCUCCCAGUCAGAGAAUGCACCUGGGUAAUGCGGACAAAACGUGGGCUAAAUGGGUCAUUUUGAUCCGCAAAGACGUGAACAAAAGGGGUUAAAAUGCUACAUAAUUUACCCACUUUACACAUAUUGGCCAAUUUUUCCCCGUUCGCCAUGUCCCAAAAAAUUUUAUUGUCCCAGUUUACUCAUUUUUCAACGAACACUACCCGUGUUGAUUCCGAAAACAGCUCACUUUUUCCAACUUUGCCUAAUUUCGUUCGGAAAACUGCCGACGUUUUAAUCCAGCAAUGAUUUCGGGUGCAUUGCAGACUUUUCGGGGCAGACCUCGGGUCAAAUACUCAAAAUCUGCAAUGCGCCCGAAGAAAAUGCUAGCUGGGGUUCGUUAUACAAUCAUUGUCUUAAGGAUGUCGGACUUGGAAGAAGAGAAUCACAGGUUAUUAGCCAAAAUGAGCGUGCUAGAAAGAAUGGAGAUUGCGUAUCUUGAUGAAAUACAAAGUCUUAAUGAACUUAUUGCUUGUUUGAAACUUAAAAGUCCAGGAGAAUUCUGGAAUAUUGAUAAUCGCCAGUCAGGGAAAUUAAGCAAGAAAAACCGUCUGGCUGAGAAGCUUAACGCUGCCGAAAAUUUGGAGACUGACCUGUUACAACGAUUAUAUGCUAGCAAAAAUAAAGUAAACAAAAUUUGUAUGGAUUCUAACACUGGAGCGUUAAAUGAAGUUAAACGAUUAGAAAAUGAACAAUCCGAAAUGAAAAUAACUGCACAAAUGAAUACAUCGCGAUUGUGUCGAUGUAUCGAAGAAUUAGAAGAGGACUUUUGUUGUUUACAGAGUUAUAAAGAUGAAUUAAAGCAGUAGUUAAAGGUACGAGUGAGUAAUUUUAAAGUGUAUAGUAU